AUGUCGGACUCCUCACCCCCCAGAGAUGCGUAUGGGAAGGAGACUGCAGUCCCAGCAACAAAAGAAACUCAUUAUGCUUCCGGUUCUUCAGAGGCAGAGUUGGCUGAUGCAGGUGUUGUGGUCAAGUCGGCGCCACUAGCGAGGGAAUUGAAAGGGCGUCAUAUGCAGAUGAUUGCGAUUGGUGGAGCAAUUGGAGCUGGUCUUUUCAUCGGAUCUGGAGGCGCGCUUUCUAAGGGUGGCCCAGCCUCUCUGGUUCUUGGUUAUAUGAUCGUCGGAUCUAUGCUCUUGUGCACUGUUCAAGCCCUAGGAGAGCUUGGCGUUCUGUUUCCAGUCAACGGAGCAUUCUUUACUUACAUCGUUCGUUUCGUAGACCCUUCAUUUGGAUUUGCUGUUGGGUGGGAUUAUGCUAUCGGUUGGUUAACGGUCCUGCCGUUCGAGCUCGUAGCUGCUGGUAUCACGAUUGAGUUCUGGAGAGACGAUAUUAAUAUUGGAGUUUGGAUUACAGUCUUCCUCUUUGUUCUAUGUAUCAUCCAAAUCUGGGGCAUUAGAGCUUAUGGCGAAGUUGAGUUUAUUCUUAGCAUCAUCAAAAUCUGCGGUUGCGUUGGCUUCAUCAUAUUCGGUACCAUCGUAGCCUGUGGAGGUGUCGGUGAUCAAGGUUAUCUAGGAGCAAAAUACUGGCACAACCCGGGAGCUUUUGCCAAUGGUUUCAAAGGCUUCUGCUCGGUAUUCGUCGUUGCCGCAUUUGCAUUUGGCGGGACUGAACUAGUUGGCCUUGCUGCAGCAGAAGCAACCAACCCAUUGAAGAGUAUUCCUCAAGCAACAAAGCAGGUGUUUUGGAGAAUUUUUUUCUUUUACAUAGUCUGUUUGUUCAUUCUCGGGCUGGUUGUCCCAUAUACCAACCCGAAUCUGCUCAAUUCUAGCGGCGCCAACUCAAAAUACUCGCCAUUCGUCAUUGCUAUCAGACUAGCCGGUGUCAAAGCACUUCCAUCGAUCUUCAAUGUCAUUAUCACCAUUUCGGUGAUUAGUGUUGCCAACUCCUGUACAUUCGGAUCGACUAGAACCCUUCAGGCUCUUGCUGAACGUGGUAUGGCACCAGCGUUGCUCGCGUAUGUUGAUGGUAAAGGCCGCCCGAUUUGGGGUGUGGUUCUGCAACUCUUAUUCGGUCUCCUCGCUUUUGUCGCAGAGAACAAACAGCAAGGUCUAGUGUUUAAUUGGCUUUUGGCCCUCUCCGGUCUAUCAUUCUUCUUUAUUUGGGCCUCCAUCUGUUUGGCACACAUCAGAUUCCGGCACGCAUGGAAGGUCCAAGGCCAUGUCAAAGCCGAAUUGCCCUUCGAGGCUAUGUUCGGUGUUGGAGGCAGCUAUUAUGGCUUGGGAAUGAACAUUCUCUGUAUGGCUGCUACGUUCUACAUUGCGCUUUUCCCAAUUGGCGGAAACCUAACUGCUCGAGCUGCCGCUGAGAACUUCUUCUCCUACUACCUCGCUGCUCCGGUGAUCAUCGCACUAUAUCUAGGCUGGAAGAUUUGGACAAAGGAUUGGAAGUUAUACAUCAAGGGCGUUGAUAUGGAUAUCACUUCUGGUAGAAGAUCGUUGACUCUUGAUCCUGACGAUAUGCCACCACCUAAGACGUGGGCAAAUAUGCCAAUGAGGUUUGUUAGAGCUUUAUUUUAG